GCUCUGCUGAUGGAGACCGCCAAGCUCAACCCCAUUAUCCGGGAUGUCUACGCAGCCGCUGGCCGUGUCCAGCAAGCACCAGCCGCCGCCUCAGCGCGGAGGGGCAACAGCUGCCGAGAGCUCAUGGUCAAGUUGACGGAGGGGCAGUACGUGCUGUGCCGCUGGACCGAUGGGCUCUAUUAUCUCGGAAAGAUCAAAAGGGUGAGUGGCUCCAAGCAGAGCUGCCUCGUCAUGUUUGAGGACAACUCCAAGUACUGGGUCCUCUGGAAGGACAUCCAGCAUG